AGCAUAUCUCCCAUUUUAUGCGGCUGCUUCGCCCCCCUCCCGGAGCCAUCGGCACGCCACGAAAAAGCCCAUGGAAACGACACUGCUGAUUUUGGGGCCAAGUACUCCACGACCGAUUACUUGUCUUGCUCUCUCUACCCCACGGUCAAUUUCGUUAUCACCAUGGUUCCCUGAUUCUGAGACAAUCCUGGAGUUCCGUCUUCUCUCCUCUCUCACUUUCUCUCGUUCUUCCUCCCCCGGUUCCCUUCUCCCCGCGCUAUCACUACCUGGCCGUUCUCGGUAAUCCGUUGUGAUUCCGUGCAUGGGAUCGUUGACAUUCUUCCCAAUCCGUCCCUAUCGCUUUGGCCUGUCGUUGCGGCGGAGGAGAGUAUAUCGAUAGCGCCAACUCCGAUUAUCUUCCAGGUCUUUGUGGCUUUGUGAAUCCUCUUCGACCUACCCUAGCGGUGCGCGACUAUCAUCAUGUUGCGAGUGGGGUCUUGGUUGUAUGGCAAAAAGCCCGCCAAUGCCUCGACGCAAUCGCUGGACUCGCUGGCCGAGUUGAAAGACUCGGCGACGUUCAUCCUCAACGACGAUGUCGAUAGCGCCGAAGCUGGCUUGGCCAAGGGAACUUCUACCUUCCACAAUCUGGGCAAAGGAAUGGUGGCUUUUGUUCGGGCAACGCUGGGCUUUGAACAAGAGAUUAUGCGACAAGCUUCCGAACGAUUGAGCGAAGCGGAAACCUCAGCAGCCAGCGAUCAACACCGCGCCCAACAUAACUCCCACGCCCCCAAUGCCUUCCGCUCGGAGAUUUAUGCUGCGGGUAGUGAAUAUGCUCUAUGUCAGGCGAUUGCACAGCUGAUGGGCGCCGUUGUGGGUGUCCUCAAUGAGAGUCUGACGGAAAGUAUCAAGGCCUUUUACCGCUUGCGCAAGGCUUAUAUUGCCCUGGACGCUAUUUUGAAGAUGGAAGAGAAGUUCAUGGAAUUGAGAGAUCCUAGCCGAGUUCUCCUUCCUAGCUCGAGUGACCUCUCCACGGCUAGUAGUGCUAGCACCGACGUCAAGUCCCCAGUCUCAUCCAGCGAGGUACUCAACAAGGUUCCGUCUGCGACAGCUCAAUCUGUUAUACCCAAUGAGAAGGAUAUCUCCAAAUCAUUAUCCGGGUUAACAGUGAGUCCAGAGCCCGAGCUCGCAUCUGGUACUUCCACACCCGGCGGUUCCAACAUCAUCAACCACGACCCCGACUCGGACAUCUUCCAGAACGAGAUCGACGUGUUCGUGCACUCUGGCGCCAACUUCUGCUUCGGUAUCCUUCUGCUCCUCAUCUCCAUGGUCCCUCCUGCUUUCAGCAGGCUACUCUCCAUCAUUGGAUUCCACGGCGACAAGCAGCGCGGACUGCGAAUGCUCUGGCAAGCCAGCAAGUUCCACAAUAUUAUCGGAGCCAUGGCGGCCUUGGCAUUGCUUGGCUAUUAUAACGGGUUUGUACGUUAUUGCGAUAUCAUGCCUGACCCAUCUCCAGGCGAGGAUGAUGUGGAGGGCUACCCUCAAGAAAGGUUGACUGAACUGUUGACCGAGAUGCGAUCCCGGUUCCCGAAUAGUCGUCUCUGGCUUUUGGAAGAGUCGCGGAUGAAGGGUGCCAAUAAGGAUUUGGAAGGCGCUUUGAACCUUCUUAGCUCAAACAACAAAAGUGCUCUCAAGCAGGUUGAGGCACUGUGCGUUUUUGAGAGAAGUUUGAAUGCGCUGUUCUUGCACAAUUACGACGUUUGCUCGGCAUCGUUUAUCGAGUGCGUGGAUCUCAAUUCCUGGUCCCGCUCACUGUACUACUAUAUUGCCGGCUCCAGCCAUGUUGCGCUCUACCGCCAAUUUAUCGUGAACGACCCCAAACAGGCAAAGGAGCACGCGCGCAAGGCGGCAGAAUAUAUCCGCAAAGCCCCUCCCUUGGCCGGCAAGAAGCGCUUCAUGGCCCGUCAACUUCCCUUCGACGUGUUCGUCACGCGCAAGAUUGCCAAGUGGGAAGCCCGUGCCAAGGAAUGGAACGUCGAGCUGGUAGAUGCGAUUGGCGUGGACCCCAUCGAGGAGAUGAUCUUCUUCUGGAACGGACAUAGCCGCAUGACACGCAGCCAGCUGGAAGAAUCUCUAAGCUGCUUGUCAUGGUGUGAAAGCAGCGAGAACAAAACCUGGUCUCGCGAGGGACCAGAGGAGAAAGCUAUCUUGGAGCUACUCCGGGCCGCCGUACUACGAUCUCUGCACAAUCACGAGGACGCGAAACAGAUCCUCAAGACCAAGGUGUUGACCCAUGAGAAGUCCAUCUUCAAGGGCAAUCUGAAGGAUGACUGGGUCCUUCCAGCUGCGCACUUUGAAAUGGCGGCGAAUGUCUGGAUGGAGCGGUCGACGUACCAAUCUCUGCACAAGCUCUCGGCAGAUGUUUCUGAGAAGCCUGAGCAGGACCGGAAGCUUGUUCAUACUUGCAAGGAGCAUCUGGAUCAUGCGGCGCGUUGGGAGAGCUACGAACUUGAUGCUCGUAUUGGAUUGAAGGUUACUGCGGCUCUUGAGGCCGUUCAGAAGUGGGAGGAUAUGCACCCUGCGGCCUAGGGUGCUAUUCAUGGGGGGUUUUAUAUGGGGCGUUGAUUUGUUCAUAGCAGCUCCAGGCGGGAUGUAUCAUAAAACCAUUAGACUAAAUGGCGUUUUGGCAGAUGGGGCGGAAGAUCAUAUGGAAUCCUCCUCUUUCUUACCUUCUCUUCAACGAUGUCAAUCACGGAGUAGUAAUAACAGUAGCAGCAGAGUGACU